GCGCCGCAGAGCCUGGUGCUGGAGGCCCACGUGCCCAGCCUGGCCGCCUACCGGGAGAGCUACCGCCACUCGGUGGAGGAGCCGCACGAAUUUUGGGAUGACAUUGCUAAGGAAUUUUACUGGAGGAGCCAACACUCUGGACCCUUUCUGAAGUACAAUUUCGAUGUGACAAAAGGAAAAAUCUUUAUUGAAUGGAUGAAAGGGGCUACAACCAACAUCUGCUACAACCUGUUGGAUAGAAAUGUCAAUGAAAAGAAACUUGGGGACAAAAUUGCUUUUUACUGGGAAGGGAAUGAACCCGGGGAUUCCAUGAAGAUCUCAUACAGCGAGUUGUUGCACAAGGUCUGCCAAUUUGCCAAUGUUCUCCGGGAACAAGGCAUAAAGAAAGGAGACAGAGUUUCUAUCUACAUGCCAAUGAUUAUCGAGCUGGUUGUUGCCAUGCUCGCCUGUGCCAGGAUUGGAGCGCUUCACUCCAUUGUGUUUGCAGGUUUCUCAGCAGACUCCCUUUGCGAACGGAUUCUCGAUUCCAAUUGUUCUCUCCUCAUUACAGCAGAUGCCUUUUAUAGAGGUGAUAAGCUGAUUAACCUGAAGCAGAUCGCAGACGAGGCCCUGCAGAAAUGUAAAGACAAAGACUCCCCUUUGAAAAACUGCAUUGUGGUCAAGCACUUGGGAAGGGAGGAGGAGCUGGUGUCAGACGGGAUAUGCAGCAAAUCGCCACCUCUGAAGAGGCUGUGCCAGGAUGUACAGGAAAAAGAGACUGAGAGCUCAAAGAGAUUCCAUCCCAAGACUCCAUGGAAUUCCCAUGUUGACCUUUGGUGGCAUGAGCUUAUGAAGAAUGCCAGCAAGGAGUGUGAGCCUGAGUGGUGCGAUGCUGAAGAUGAGCUGUUCAUUCUUUACACCAGUGGAUCAACUGGGAAACCCAAGGGCGUCGUGCAUACGGUGGGUGGAUAUAUGAUUUUUACAGCUGCUACCUUUAAGUAUGUGUUUGAUCACCAUCCUGAGGACAUUUACUGGUGCACGGCUGACAUCGGAUGGAUAACUGGCCACUCCUACCUCACUUACGGACCUCUGGCAAAUGGGGCAACCAGUGUAUUGUUUGAAGGUCUGCCCAUCUAUCCAGACGUCAGCCGCAUGUGGAGCAUCAUUGACAAGUACCAGGUGACCAAGUUCUACACUGCGCCCACAGCCAUCCGACUGCUCAUGAAGUACGGCGAUGAGCCUGUCAAAAAGUACAGCAGGAAAUCCUUGAAAGUGCUGGGGACGGUCGGGGAGCCCAUCAACCCCGAAGCCUGGCUGUGGUACUAUCGGGUAGUUGGAGAAGAGAGGUGUCCCAUCGUGGAUACCUUCUGGCAGACAGAGACUGGUGGCCAUGUGUUGACGCCGCUCCCCGCUGCCACACCCAUGAAGCCGGGCUCCGCGACGUUUCCGUUCUUUGGUGUCGUCCCUGCUAUCCUGGAUGAAUCCGGGGAGGAGCUGGAGGGAGAAGCAGAAGGCUACCUGGUAUUUAAGCAGCCCUGGCCUGGAAUAAUGCGCACAGUGUACAGGAACCACCAGCGAUUUGAGACCACCUACUUCAAGAAGUUCCCAGGGUACUACGUGACAGGAGAUGGCUGCAAGAGAGAUAAGGACGGCUAUUACUGGAUCACGGGGCGCAUCGACGAUAUGCUGAACGUCUCUGGCCACCUGCUGAGCACCGCGGAGGUGGAGUCUGCCCUGGUGGAGCACUCCUCCGUUUCUGAGGCUGCGGUGGUGAGUCACCCCCACCCAGUGAAAGGCGAGUGCCUCUACUGCUUUGUGACCUUGAGGGAUGGCCAAAAAUUCACCACGGCCCUGAUGGACGAGCUGAGAAAACAAGUCAGAGAAAAAAUUGGACCGAUAGCAACCCCUGAUUACAUCCAGCAUGCUCCUGGUCUGCCCAAGACCCGCUCAGGUAAAAUUAUGAGGCGCGUAUUAAGGAAGAUUGCAAAGAACGACCGAGAUCUGGGAGAUACCUCAACUGUGGCAGAUCCAGCUGUUAUAAACCACCUGUUCAGCAACAGGUGUGAGACUGUGCUGUAGCAGAGCAGCAUGCCGUCCUUCAGACUAGAGACGCCGAAGCACCGAGUCCUAGUAGAGCGGGGCCGUCCGGAGGAGUAUUGUAUUCACUGGGGGAGAGAAGCCAUUACCUGUCAAGUUGAAUGUGAAAUGCCAUCAAUGGGAGAAGAUCGGCUCUCGAGCUGGUCCUCUCGCUGUGUUGUAUCUAGCUGUCUGUGCCUCUGGAGAGGAUGUACAUGAUGUUGUUGAUUGAUACUGCGUAUCUGAAAUUCCAGCCUCGGUCACUCAUUGCAGAAUGACUUACAUCGUUUUCUUUUCCAUCAUUUUAUUCAUGUUUUUUAAAUUGACUUUGUGUAAUGGGCGGGGCCUGGCAUCGUGCCCAGAGUGGGGAUUGGUGGUUUGAUGGCAAAUGGUGUUUUGCUCCCAAACAGUAGUUAUGUGCCUUGGGCGCCAACAGAUUCCUGGCAACAAUCUCUCUAAGUUAAUGCAGAACGACUGGAAUUGCUCUUAAUAAACCAGAGUGUAGUGGGAUU